UUCCAUUUCUGCAGUUAGGCAACCCCAGUUUGUAGCGGAGCAUGUCCAGCUACACGUUUUAAAUUACAAAAUGCCUACCAAAUACAGACUGCUGGUAAAAAACGCCAGCCAGGUUGUGGUAAUAUGCAGCAAUGGUGAAAAGUACCUGCAGAAGGAUGCAGUGCAAAAUCUUUGCGUGGUGGAUAACGGUAGCGUGGUGAUCGGGUGUGAUGGUCUGAUCAAAGCCGUGGGACCGUCGGACGACGUCCAAGCCGAAUAUCCAGAAGAGCUUUUCGAGAAGGUCAUCGAUGCAACGGGCAUGUGUGUCAUCCCUGGGUUGGUGGACGCUCACACGCAUCCCGUAUGGGCAGGCGACCGUGUGCAUGAAUUUGCUAUGAAGCUGGCUGGAGCCUCGUACAUGGACGUGCACCGCGCCGGGGGCGGCAUCCACUUCACGGUGGAGCACACGCGGGCGGCGGCGGCCCCCGACCUGCUGGCCUCUCUCACGGCCCGGCUGGGCCGCAUGUUGAGGGCCGGCAGCACGCUGGUGGAGUGCAAGAGCGGAUACGGCCUGGAGCUCGAGACGGAGGUGAAGAUGCUGGAGGUGAUCGAGAAGGCGAGGCGCUCAUUGCCCAUCAACAUCUCGUCCACCUACUGCGGGGCCCACGCCGUGCCCAGAGGUAAGACGGUGGCUGAGGCCACGGAGGACGUUCUGCGGGUCCAGCUCCCCGCGCUGCGCAGGCGCAUUACCGCCGGCGACCUGCGGGUGGACAACAUCGACGUGUUCUGCGAGCGGGGCGUAUUCGACCUGGACGCCACGCGCGCCAUCCUCCAGGCGGGCCGCGACAUGGGGCUGCACAUCAACUUCCACGGCGACGAGCUGCACCCCAUGAACUCUGCACAGUUGGGGGCGGAGCUUGGCGCCCUGGCCAUCAGUCACCUGGAGGAGGUGACGGACGAGGGGAUCGCUGCCAUGGCAACUGCCAAAACCGCCGCAGUCCUGUUGCCAACUACGGCCUACAUCCUGAGGCUCCCCCAGCCGCGGGCCCGAGCCAUGCUGGAGGCGGGGCUGAUCGUAGCGCUUGGCAGCGACUUCAACCCCAACGCGUACUGCUGCUCCAUGCCCCUGGUCAUGCACCUGGCCUGUGUGAACAUGAGGAUGACCAUGCCAGAGGCUCUGGUGGGGGCCACCAUCAACGCCGCCUACGCCCUCGGCCGCUCGGACACGCACGGCUCCCUGGAGGCGGGCAAACACGGAGACCUGGUGGUCCUCAACUGUAGACGAUGGGAACACCUGAUCUACCAGCUCGGAGGUCACCACGAGGUCAUCCGCUACGUCAUCAUCAAGGGGUCCGUCGUCCACGACAACGACAACAUCCUGGCCUUCUAGACUACAAGAAGACUUUUUUUUUCUACCUCUUUCCACUCACUUAAAUAGACUAGAAUGGUUUGAUAAAAACAUUGUACUCUGCCAGGAGGAUUAACCCAUCAGAUGCACCCGACAUGCCUGAACCCCUAACUGUAUGAUAACAUCGUCACAGCCAUGUCCGUCCCACUCCCUAACAUGAUGAAGAAAAAAUAUGAAUCAAUGACUGAAUUAAAAGAUCCUCAUAUGUUUCAGA